AUGGAGCUUAUACAGAUACCAUCAGAUAGAAUUGAAGAAAUUGCUGAAACUUCUUGUGCUUCUCACAAAUUAAGAAAAAGAGUGAGAAGAAAGCUGAAAGAAUCUCCACCAUGUAAAAUACUAAGGCACGAUGCGUUGCCUGAGGAAGUAAGAUUCGGAUCAAUCUUUGAGAACAAACAAAACAUGACUAAAUUUUUCUGCAGCUUGGAGAUAAACCAAAAAGUUGAAUUCACUGCUGUUAGAUCAUGUUCCAAGAGAUAUGAGCUGAAAUGCAUCGUGGACAGAUGUGAACAUGUUCGAGACAAAAAGAUAGAGGUUACACCAGCCUUUGUAGAAAAUGAAAUGAAAAAGAAAUUUGGAAUUGACAUUGGUUAUCACAAGGCAUGGCGUGCUAUUCAAAAAGCUGUUGCUUGCAUAAGGGGAACACCUGAAGAGAACUACCAGAUUCUUCCUUCAUACCUACACAUGAUGGUGGCCAAAAACCCAGGAACAUUUGCUUACAUGUUCUUUGCUCCUGCGGCAUCAGUAGCUGGUUGGUCCUACUGUAGACCCGUUAUUGUAGUAGAUGCAACAUUUUUAAAGUCCAAAUAUCGUGGUGUUCUAUUUGUUGCUGUAUCAAAGGAUGCAAACAAUCAAAUCUUUCCUCUAUGUUUUGGUGUAGCAGAAUCAGAAAACAAUGAGGCAUACAUUUGGUUCUUCGGGGAAAUGAGAAAAGCAAUUCAAGUCCGUCGUGAACUGAUUUUCUUAUCAGAUAGAAACCAAUCGAUCGCAACUGGGAUUAGAAAAGUUUUUCGUGAAGCUCACCAUGGUAUCUACCUUUAUCACUUUGAGGAAAAUUUAAAGCAAAGACAUGCAAAAGCCACGGUAACAAAUCUUUUUCAAAGUGCUGCAAGGUCAUACAAACGUGAAGAUUUUAAUCAGUUAAUAUCCCAACUCAAAAGUAUUGACAAGAAAACAUAUAAUUACAUAAUGGAAGAGCCUCCCGAGAGAUGGGCUCGAUCGUGGUUCCCACGGCGACGUUAUGAUAUGCUAACAACAAACAUGGUAGAAUCAAUGAAUUCCAUUUUACUAAAAGGGAGAGAAAUGCCUAUUUUAAGAAUGUUAGAUUUCAUCCAAGAAAAGUUGGGAGAGUGGUUUUACAAACGGAGAAAAAAGGCAAAUGAAACUUUUCACAGAGUAUCAAUAUGGGCAGAAGAAGAGAUGAUUAAGAAGAUGGACUUGGCUUGCAAAAUGUUU